AUGGAUGCAUUACCCCACAUGACUGUAGACAUAGAGGCAUCUCAGCAACAGAUUGCUUUGAGUUUCCAACAAGCCUCCAACCUCAUGCAGACAAUGGAAGAUCAGUCUCAUUCUAACAUAUCUGGGAAUACAAAUGACAAGGGUCCUUCAGGAUUCCAAGUCAUGAAUACACAGCAGGUCAGCCAAGCCAUUCAAUUUGUAGGCCAAAAUCAUCUGAGUCAAGGCUGGAAUGGACUAUGUAUCCAGGGGGGUCAGAUCAUCCAGCAACAGCCACAACAGUUUGCCAUUGUACAUACAAAUGCAGCAGGGCAGCUCACUUGUGUUCCGCUUAUUCAAUCACUGCCCAUCUCUACGAUAGCCCAAAGUCAGCAGGAGCAAUCAGUGAUGCCUCAAGUGAUUUUAACCUCUGGGAAUUAUAUGCAAUCAUUGUCGGGAACCCAAGUCCUGAUCCCAACACCACAAGGACUUGCUGUGCAGCAACUUUUGACUCUCCCCAUGACAUCACCAAUGGUGUCAUUCCAGAAUGGACAGUUAGUUAGUGCCCAGGCAUCUCCAGUUCAGCCCCCACUUGGGUCGUUGAUCUAUUCCACACAGCCUCAGGCUUUGUGCCAAGAGACACAGCAGGAGCAGCCCAUAGAAACAAACCAGUUAAUGCCUUCCAAUAAUGAUGGCUCCACCAUGUGUAGCACUCAAGGAAACUCAUCGAGUAAUGUGACUCACAACAAUUUGAAAGUGGAAAAUCCAGACAUUAUUGCAUCCACAGUUGCAUCUGUGACUCCAAUAUUCUCCACUUUCACACCUGAGAUGGUCCAGGAGGUUCAAGACCAGCCAACAAUCAAUGAGAUUUCUCGUGAAGGUAACACACACAUUGUGGAUGGAGUUGACUUGAAAGAAAUCAAGGAGUUUGCAAAAGAGUUCAAGAUGAAGAGACUGGCAAUGGGGCUAACACAGACACAGGUUGGACUUGCUCUUUCAGCUACAGCUGGACCAGCUUAUUCCCAGUCUGCCAUUUGCCGUUUUGAAAAACUGGACAUCACUCCCAAAAGUGCCCAAAAGAUUAAACCAGUUUUGGAAAAGUGGAUGAAGGAAGCAGAAGAGAGCUACCAGCUGGGGAGACCACCCAAUGGAGUGCACAUCCAUUCACCAGAGCACACUAAGAAGCGUAAGAAACGCACAUCGUUCUCCAAUCAGGCUGUGGAGUACCUUAAUGAGUAUUUCAAGAAAAAGACACAUCCAACAGGCACGGAAAUCAGUGGAAUUGCCCACCAGCUGGGCUAUGACAGAGAAGUAAUACGGAUUUGGUUCUGUAAUAAGCGGCAAGCUCUGAAGAAUGCUGUUCGUCUCACUAAUAAAAUCCAGGCUCCCCGAUCUGGAAACCCCUCAGGAACUAUUCCCAUUGCCCCAGCACUCCCUGAUGUUUCAAUUAGUACAGUGAAUGCCAGUUGA